GGGCGGGCACGCAACGGCAGCCGCCCGCCCGCCGCGCCGGGCCCCGGCAACCACAGCGGGGCCCGGCUGAGCCCCGUGCCCGCGAUGCUCCGCGACCUCUCCGCGCUCAAAGCCGCCGUCAUCGGGGCCUGCGCGCUCACGGCCGCGCUCAUCGCCUGCCUCCUGCUCCGCGUCUUCAGGUCUGGCAAGAGGAUUAAGAAGACCAGGAAGUACGACAUCAUCACCACCCCGGCUGAGCGGGUAGAAAUGGCUCCUCUGAACGAAGAAGACGACGAGGACGAAGACUCAACAGUGUUUGAUGUGAAAUACAGGUAAAGCAGCUCCGUGGAGCGCCGGUGCCCUGCGAGACAUCAUUCUGCUGUCGAGGGACCUGCUGAACCCAAAACUGUGAAAGGGGAGGCUUUCAUCUCUGCAGCACUACAACCUCACCUCCUCGAGGUGCUGUUUGUACAGAGACUGUGGAUCUUCUGACUAACACAGCACCAUUUGGCUCCCUGGUGUCCCAGCUCCUGCGUUGGAAUGACCAGAGUUCCUCUUUGCAAACUGGGCUCCCUUGCUUUAGGAGGGCUGCAGUGUCACCAAAGCAUUACAAGGUGCAGCUCCUUACGGUCUAAAUAAGUUUUGCAGAAGGAAGAAUACAAGGAAGAUUAAACUGAGCUGCCCCAAGGACUUAUUUUCUAAAAUCCUAAUUCAACACUUCAGUCACUGUUAAACUUCAGUCAUUGUUAAAUGGAUCAUGUGUUUAAAAAAAAUCAAGAAGUAUUUUUGGGCCUUACAGAGGUGACUUAGGACUUAAGAUGGUAAAAAUGUAAGCCAUGCUGAAAUGCCACACUAUGUUUGGUGUAGGGUUUGGGUGGGAAGGGGUUGGGAGGUCGACUCAUGUAGGAAAUUUUCUUGACUUGCUACUGAUUUUCUUUUUUAAACAACAAUUGCACUAAGUUUUCAUGAUGACACUCUCAUUGUCCCAAGGAGCUCUGAUCAGAUCAAC